GAGAUCUGUUUCAUGAGGUCAAAGAGGAUCACCAGUUUAAGGAUUUUUGGGAGUGAAAGCUGGGAAAUAUUCGCCUUUCACUCUGCAUCACAGAGAAUGUCCAGACAUUAGAUCAUGGAAUGGGUGAAGUUUGAACACACGCACUACCGGACCGAUUGCUGAAUGCUCCAAGAAUGCAGGCUGCUUAAAGAGGACGAAUCUACAACAUUUGAUAUGGCCUAUGAUGAUACCAGAGAAUCCCUGAUUGGGAAUUCAGUUGAUGCUUCGAAUCAUCCCAAGGACAAGAGCAAUGCAGUCCAGAGAAGAAGACACCACCGAAAUUCUCCUUCAGCGGAUAAUUUCCCCGAGCAGAAUGGCACGGAACCUCAUCUUCACGAGUCUACAAAAGAACCCACAUUUAGAAAAAUCCUAGUAGUUUUGGCUGCAUACCUCGGCCUGGGAAGCUUUUGCUUCUUUCUUCUGGGGAACCAAAUCUCGGGCAAGAAGACGAAUGGUCUACUUGAUGCCCUUUACUUUUGCGUCGUCACCAUGACUACUGUGGGAUAUGGAGAUCUCGUCCCAAGUAGCACAUUGGCAAAACUUCUCGCCUCAACAUAUGUUUUCGCAGGAAUGGCUCUUGGCGGGCUGAUCCUAAGCAAAGCGGCUGAUUACAUUCUUGAAAAGCAGGAAGUUAUUUUAGUAAGAGCUAUGCACCUGAAUGAAAAGGUUGGUCCAGCCGAAAUCCUGAAGGAGAUGGAAGCCCACAAAAUAAAAUAUAGAUUUCUCACUUCCCUUGUUCUUCUCGUGGUCCUUACUGUACUUGGAACCGUGUUUUUGUCGGUCGUCGAGAACUUUAAAUUCGUUGAUGCUUUCUAUUGUGUUUGCGCCACUAUUACUACUCUAGGCUAUGGAGAUGAAAGUUUCUCGACCACCGGUGGCAGAAUCUUCGCCGUGUUUUGGAUACUGGCCAGUACCAUUUGUGUGGCUCAGUUUUUUUUCUACCUUGCUGAAAUGUACACAGAAAGCAGGCAAAGAUCAUUCGUAAAAUGGGUUCUCACACGAAAUAUUACGAGGUCGGAUUUAGAGGCAGCAGAUCUUGAUCGUGACAGUGUUGUCAGUGCUGCGGAGUUCGUCGUAUACAAGAUCCAGGAAAUGGGAAAGAUCAGCCGGGAAGAUGUUACGGCUAUCUUGGAAAGGUUCCGGAAUCUUGACGUCGAUCAUUCUGGAACUUUGACAACGUCUGAUUUAGUUCAGGCCCGAAGUUAGGGGGGGUUUUGCUGCUUGUUUCCGAGGAUUAUACUUACGUACUUUAGUCUUGCAUUACUCAUACGCACCGCUGUUACUUGCUGAUGUUGCUGAAGUUUUUUCUGUUGGCUUCAACCAUGAGU